AUGCAGUUAACAUUGACGCGAUACGGACGCGUAACGAAACGCGACCCCUGCAAGCAUUUGAUGCUCCUGCUGCUUUAUUGUCGACCCCUGCCUAGUACUCUUCUUGCAUUUGAGGUAGAGACUAAUCCGUCCAGUAAUCCAACAAUUCUCUCGAAACCUGUCCGCAUCAUGUUGCCAAACACAGGCCUAAAAGGGAUGGCCCAAUAUGCCAGGAAUGUCUCCCCCGAAUCGAGUCUUCGGAACAGAAACGCCAACCUAACGAUGGAUCAAAUGGGCCAACAGCACUCCGAUGCCUUACCAGCUCCUCCCACUCGUCAAGAAGUUGUCGAGUCGGCUACGCUUCCUGCUCCGAAGCCAUUCCCACCUGCUAGAACACAUGCCAUUCACUUCCACCAGGCGCAUCAGUCUGGUCUACCGCAGCAUCUUCCUUCAUCCAUACGCAACCCUCCGAAUGCAAACGCCCCCGAUGCGUCGCCGUCUAGACAGCAGCACCGGCGCCACCGAGCGAACUCCCAAAGCAGCGAUGCUACCGGUUUCUGGCCGGAGUCUCAAAUUGACAGUCAAUUUGGCUCGCCAACGACCCAACACUCCGAGAGGGACCACAAAGUCAAUGAUAGUCGCAUUCGCUCUCCAGCGCCAACCUUCGACAAUGUGCAAACUCGAACAACUGACGACAAACUACCAUACACCAUAAAUAGAGAUGGCUCAAUCCGUGUUACAACUUCCAAGAAUGGAUCUGGGCUGCCCAUCACCAGCAUCGACGCACCUGUAGCUCAACAAGACGCUUAUUCAAGUGAGCCCAUAUAUAGCUCACCAAAACGACAUCUCAGGCUAGCUUUUCACCCUACGACUGUGAGAUCAUACGCGCCUCCAGCCUACGACGCCGAUCAGGAGGUCUUCUCAGAUUCCCCAAUGUAUCAGACUUCUAGUCAUGGUUUGAGGCGCGUCAAGAAAGACGGGAAGAGUCAAGAGUUUCGUCGUGUCACGCCCUUGCCAGAUAAAGACAUAGAAGGAAGCCUUGCAAGCGAUUACCCUAUUAGUGAGGACGACCACGGUACGCCCCGGGCGAAUCGUAAGACGGCACUGUCUCGGGGACCUGCUCUAUGGGAGAGCUCUCUACCACCUGUGUCUUAUAGUCAGGUAGACAAGGCUGGGAAGAGACGUCGGGAAAGCUGCGACUAUGCCGACAAUGAGCUUGCUGGAAUGACAUACUCCCAGCUGCGCCAGCAACCAUUUGACGACGAUCCAGCUAAGAAGCCGCUCCAAGCAGCAGGCCCCCUAACGGGCGACAGUCUCCCUGUCAAGCUUGAUCAUUUUAAAAGUCAACGCGAAGUUGACCAGAAAGAGUUCUUCAUGCAGAUGACCGUUAGUGAUUGGGAGCGCUCUGGUGACUGGUUUUUGGAGCAAUUUGGCCAAGUCGCUCAGAAGCUGAAAGAAGCACGCCAGAACAAGAGAGCUACGGUUGAGAACUUUGAGAGUGAGAUUGCGAGCAGGGAGGAGGCGGUCCGCCUUCGGACGGAGAACAUCAAUAAAAAGCUAAGCCAGAUCAAGCACAAGGGUGAAGACAUGCUGGCAGAUAAAGAGAUUUGA